AAGUGUAACGAUGCCUGUUCCUGCUUCUUGCACCGUCCUGGUCAUUGGCGGCGGGCCCGGAGGCACAUACGCAGCCUCGACGCUGGCGCGGGAAGGCGUCGAUACGGUGUUGCUUGAGGCGGAUGUUUUCCCAAGAUAUCACAUUGGCGAGUCGAUGCUCGCAUCGAUCCGAUACUUUCUUCGCUUCAUUGACCUCGAGUCCAAGUUUGACAAGCAUGGCUUUGUUAAGAAACUGGGAGCAUCGUUCAAGCUGAACGACAUGCCGGAAGCUUACACAAACUUCAUCGCCGUCAACGGCCCCAACGGUUACGCCUGGAACGUGAUUCGUUCCGAAGCAGACCUGCUGAUGUUUCAACAUGCUUCGGAAUGCGGCGCCCGUACCUUUGACGGGACCAAGGUUGAGUCAAUCGAGUUUGACCCUGCGAGUACCACCACCGGACAACAGCGGCCCAUCGCCGCCAAGUGGGCUCGCAAGGACGGAUCGUCUGGGACGAUCAGAUUUGACUACCUCGUCGAUGCGAGCGGGCGUGCUGGAAUCAUGUCGACCAAGUACCUGAAGAACCGCAAGUUCAACGAGGGGCUGAAGAACGUCGCCAGUUGGGGCUACUGGAAAGGGGCCAAGACGUAUGCUCCUGGAACGGAACGGGAAGGGCAGCCUUUCUUCGAGGCGUUAGGCGACCAGAGCGGGUGGUGCUGGGCUAUUCCGUUGCAUGAUGGCAGCGUAUCCGUCGGCAUCGUCAUGCGACAAGACGAGUCGGCCAAGCGCAAGAAGGCAUCCGGAUCGCAGGGUUCGGUCGAGUUCUACAAGGAAUGCCUCGGCCUAUCCCCCAUCAUCUCAGACCUGCUCGCCCCUGCAGAGCUCGUGUCGCCCGUCAGAUCGGCGUCGGACUGGUCGUACAGCGCGUCAUGCUAUGCGGGCCCAAACUUCCGCAUCGUGGGCGAUGCCGGGUGCUUCAUCGACCCCUUUUUCAGCUCGGGCUUGCACCUCGCCAUUGCCGCUGGCCUGUCGGCUGCCAUGACCAUCCAGGCUGCUAGACGGGGUGAUUGUGACGAAACAGCUGCAGCCAAAUGGCAUUCAAACAAGGUCACUGAAGGCUACACGCGGUUCCUGCUGGUUGUCAUGAUGGCGCUGAAGCAGAUUCGCAGGGGACUGGAGCCCGUGCUGAACGACUUUGACCAGGAGGGCUUUGACCGGGCGUUCGGCUUCUUUACACCUGUCAUCCAAGGCCUAGCUGACGCCGACGUAGGCGGCAAGCUGACGCAGGAGCGGGUCUCGGAGACGGUGGCGUUCUGCCUGAACGCGUACAACCAGAUCACGCCGCAGGCCCGCAACGCCGUGCUCGACAAGCUGGAGCGCGUCAGAGCGGACCCGUCGAGGGAGACGAAGGAGGACCUGGAGAAGCUUACCGAGGAGGAGCUGAAGAUCCUCAAGACGAUCCGUGCCCGCCAGAUGAUCCGCACCGAGGACACGCUGAACAUUGAUCACUUUGCCGAGGAUGCGAUUGAUGGGUAUGCGCCUAGGUUGAAGCGUGGUGAAUUGGGGCUGGCAAAGGUUGAGCAGCAAAGCGCGAUCCCGAAGUAUACAGAGAGUUUGCUGGAUGUGCUCAAGGGGGCUGAGGGUGAAGUGGAAAGGGUUGGUCACCGGCCUGAGGCUGUCUAGCUGACACAGAAUUGGUAGCUGGCUUUAGUGGCUUAUGCGGGACUGCUUGACUACUAGCAGUGCCGUGGUGCUACAUUGUGGAAUGGAUUAUCGAAGCCCUCGAUGGAUUCGAGUAUUAUCCAGGUUCUUUCCAGGAUAGAAUCUCUACCUUAGACCAACACAUGCAGUCGAUACGCCACCGGUAGUACUACACACAGCACUACUAGUAUAUGCCGAUUUGAGUCCCCAGUCAUUUUGGCCCAGGGGCAGCGACAUAGCAGGACACAGCUU